AUGAUAUCUCCAUGGUUUAUGGGGGGAAUCGUAAAGUUUCCAUUUUUCUUGUUCCAUCUGUUCAUAUGAUGCCGCCCAUCUGUUCAUCUGCAAGUUAACUCUGGGCAAAUAAAAAUGGCAGGUUGACUCUGUAUCAUGCCGCUGUAGAGUCGAUGCGAGCCUGAAGACCGUAGUCGGUGCCGGGAAGUUUGUCCCCGGAGCGAAGCUAUGCCUCCAACCAGAGAUCAAGCCCCAGGGGAGCAAGCCCAAGGCCUCCCGGCGAGACCGCCGGAUGCAAGUGCCGCUCCUCCCCGGCCUCCCCGACGACCUUGGUGUUGCCUGCUUGAUCCGGGUGCCCCGUGCCGACCACCAGAAUCUCCGCCUGGUCUGCCGCCGUUGGUACCGCCUCCUCGCCGGGAACUUCUUCUACUCUCUCCGCAAGAGAGUUGGGCUGGCAGAGGAAUGGGUCUACGUGAUCAAGCGAGACCGCGAUGGGAAGAUCUCAUGGAAUGCCUUCGACCCAACUUACCAGAUGUGGCAGCCGUUGCCGCCGCUCCCGAGGGAGUACUCGGAGGCUCUCGGCUUCGGCUGCGCUGUCCUCAAUGGCUGCCAUCUCUACUUGUUCGGCGGCAAGGACCCGCUCAGGGGAUCCAUGCGGCGGGUCAUCUUCUUCAACGCGCGCACCAAUCGGUGGCACCGGGCGCCGGACAUGCUGCGGCGGCGGCACUGCUUCGGCGCCUGCGUCAUCAACAACCGCCUCUACAUUGCCGGCGGGCACUGCGAGGGGUUCCAGCGGAGCCUGCGAUCUGUGGAGGUGUAUGAUCCGGGCAAGAACCGGUGGAGCUUCGCCACUGACAUGAGCACGGCGAUGGUGCCACUGAUCGGCGUCGCGCACGAUGGGAAGUGGUUCCUCAAAGGGCUCAGCUCCCACCGGCAGGUGAUCAGCGAAGUCUACGUGCCAGCGGCGAACCGCUGGUCCCUGGUCAGCGAGGGGAUGGUCUCCGGCUGGCGCAACCCGAGCAUCUCCAUGAACGGGCAGCUCUAUGCUCUGGAUUGCAAGGACGGCUGCAAGCUCAGGGUCUACGAUGGCGCCAACGACUCGUGGCGGAAGUCUUUUGACAGCAAGCUCCACUUGGGUAGCUCCCGGGCCAUGGAAGCAGCUGCCCUUGUGCCACUGAAUGGGAAGCUCUGCAUCAUCCGCAACAAUAUGAGCAUCACCACUGUGGACGUGUUCAAGGUGGGGAGCAGCAAUUCGGCGGGGGAGAACGAUGGAGUGUGGGAGACAGUCGCUGGGAAGGGCCAGUUGAGGACCUUCGUCACCAAUUUGUGGUCGACCAUCGCUGGGAGGGGUGCCAUGAGGAGCCACAUCGUCCACUGCCAGGUCCUUCAGGCAUGAAAUCCUCGAACAGAUUACGUGGGGAGGUGCUGGUAGAAUCCGUGAGGUUGAUCUAAUAAAUAACUGGUUGGAAUUUUCCGCAUAGAAAUUCCCCCCAUCCAGAGGCAGAGACCUCUUGUGGUACAUAUAGAAACUAGUUGUGGUCAUUGCUCAUCGAUGUUGUAA